AUGCAAGUAUUUAGUGGACAAAGCCUGGAAUUUGAGUUUCUAGGCUUUAAGGGGUUUAUCUCUAGUGCACAAGAAGCCUGUAUUAGCCAUUAUGACACGAUCUCUGUUAUUUGCUUCUCAGAUACGCACAUUACGAAACCUACGGUACCAGAUGGAGACAUCCUUCUACAUGCUGGCGAUCUCUCGCAAUAUGGGUUCUUUGAUGAGAUCCAAGCCCAACUUGAUUGGCUGAACGCCCAAUCCCACAGAUACAACAUCAUCAUUGCCGAAACCCACGAUCUCAUCCCAGACGAGAAAUUCGUAAAAGCGUAUCGAGAUCGCGAAACAGCCAAGCCGAGGAAGUCUCGUACUGAUCUGUAG